AGCAGUAUGUCUCGGAGUCAGUCUUCUCAGCGGUCCGGGGUAAUGAACUCCGCUUCUGACGGCCAAAGAAGGCGCAGCAUCAUCGCGGAGGAUCAUGAGUGGUCGCUGGCGCUGGUUCCUCUGCUAACGACACUAUGUUUACAGCAUAUCAUAAAGCACUUCGAAGAGAAGCCCAUUCUGCAUGAGCUCCAGCCCAGCUUUAAAACAUACGUCCUCCAGCGUCUGCCAGCAUCUCUUCCAUUGACCAUCACUGCAAACCUCAUCAGUGAUGAGAGCUACUGGAAACGCUGCUGUGAAGCUCGCUGGGGACUCGCUGACGUCUCCACGUAUGACAACAGCUGGAAACAAAUGUUCUUUGAGCGUCACCUUCAGAGUAUAAUUGAACUCUUCAUACCAGACACAACUGACACCAAAGCAGUUCUAGAUGCGGUGCCUUUGUGUCAAAACUAUGUGAAGCGGCUGCAGGUUUCUCAGCUGCUGCCGCCCAUUAAAGAGCCGUCCCGGUUUGAUGAGGACGACGGGUCCGAGUCUGCCAGUGACAUGGGCAGUGAAGGACCCUCCAUGGAUCACUUUGACUUCCGAAUGCUGCUGGACAAGCUGCCGAAUCUGAAGGAGCUCAGCGUGGUUUAUGGCGUGAAAGGAUGUGGCAUGAACUUUGAGUGGAAUCUGUUCGAGUUCACCUUCAGAGACUGCGAAUCCCUGGCUAAAGCACUCAAUUCCUGCAAGACUUUACAGGUCUUCAGGAUCCAUCGCAGUAAGGUGGACGAUGAGAAGUGUUGCGUGAUCGCGAACCACCUGUUGGAUCAUCCAUCGCUGCAGGAGCUGGACUUUUCACAUAAUCACAUCAGCGACCUUGGAGCCCGAGCCAUCGCAAAACUCCUGAACCACAGUCAGCUGAAGACACUGAUCGUCUGCAACAACCAGAUCAGAGGUGCAGGAGUUCAGGCUCUGGCUCACGCUCUGGCCAAAAACAACACUCUGACAUCCCUCAACCUGAGACUCAACCGCAUCGCAGAUGAAGGAGGACAGGCUCUGGCUCAGGCUCUGGUCAAGAACAAGACUUUAGUGAAUCUCCACCUCGGGGGAAAUAACAUGACUGAACCGGCAGCCGUGGCUCUGUCUCAGGCCCUGGUGGAGAACUGUGCCCUCAAGAGCCUAAACCUCUGCAACAACAGACUGGGAGUUGACGGAGGGAAGGUUCUGGAGGAGGGAAUGACCCAUAACUGCAGUUUGGUAGAGUGUGACAUCCGUCUGACCGAUGUGGAUCAGGACAGUGAGUACAGCAUCUGUCAGGCUCUACACGCCAAUCAGAUCAAAACCAAACACAACCACGAUCCCAGUGCCAAAGUCUGAGCCAUGCAUACUGUGCACGUUAUUAUUAGUCACCGGAAAGCACUGCAACUUAAUGAAAAUGAUUGAAAUUACUCUUAUUAUAUGUUUUAUGUUUAAGCGGUCAUACCAGUGGAUAAAUACAAGCAUCUA